AUGACCUGGCUCGGAGCUCGCGCACUCAAGAAGUACCCCACGCCCGUCCUUAAGCCGAUGGCGCCUUUCUUCGCUGCCGGUCUGGUCAUUGCCUACGGCAUCAACUCUGCCCAGAACGCCAUGAUGAAGUGUACGUCGCGCAAACGAGGAACCCCCCGAAAGACCGCAGACUAA